AUGCCUUCCCGCAUACCAGCUAUAAGAUUGUCAUCCUGUCUCUCCUCCCUCCGGAUAUCUUCAGCCCCAAGACUCCAUUUCUCCACCACUCCCAUAGCACUCAAAAAAACCGCCAACCCGCGACCCAAUGAUCUUGUGAAAUGGGCCAAGUCCGAAAAAAAACGCAUAGAAAACUUAGAGAAGCGUAAGGAGCGAAAGAAGGAACGCCUAUCCUCCCGCAUCGACCCGGUCCUGGGCACGAAUACCGAAUUCGUCGAGUCCUUCGAUGUGCAGCCCCCACCCUUGCCCCCCGUGGACUGGGCACGUGCAAACUACGUCGACCCCCUCGCUGGGCAUAGGAAACAAAUACACCUAAACCACUACCUCACACCCAGAGACAUCGCCGAAGCACUUGAACGCUCCCGCCGCCUCACAGAGCCGCAUAUCGACGGGGUAACAGAGUCAGGAUCCGCCAAGUUCGUCGAUAACCAGAAGGAAGAGGCCCUCGUCAGAGCGCACGAGGAAGCGCACAACCGUGCUGCCGCUGCGAUCCAGCGAAUCGUGAGCUUGAGUAUUGGCUCCAGGAGCGAUAAAAUGAGGGUCCAGAAGGCAAGGUGUAUAGAUUUAUUUGGCAGGCACGUCACGGAUAGGACGCUCUCACGGGACCCGGGCGCACCGGAUCCGGCCAAGUCGGGUAAAACUCCCAGAGCUGGACCAGAUACAGGGAGCAGUGAGGUUCAGGUUGCUAUCUUGACGGUGAAGAUUAGGAACCUAGUGAGGCAUUUGGAAUUGAAGGGCCUCACGGAUAAGCACAAUAAGAGAAAUUUGGCUCUGCUAGUGCAUAGGAGGCAGAAGCUUUUGAAGUAUUUGAAGAGGAAGGAGAAGGGUGGUGUUAGGUGGAGGAAUGUUAUGGAGGCUAUUGGGUUGGACGAUGGUGCGGUACAAGGGGAGAUUAUGAUGAGGUAGGCGGGGUUUUUUUCACUUUUUUGAGGAAAUUGGUGUGAUGGGAGGUGUAUAUUUAGUAUAUGUAUUCCUUUUUUGUCUUGUAUAGCGGUUUCCUGGAGGGUAGAGCCGGAGGUUAGGUGAAUAUCAUGCUUCUGCCCG